GUGGUACGCUCGUGAGCCACGCUCGCGUACUGUGCUCGGUAGUCUUUCGCAGCCGGCGGACGGUGAAAGGACAUUUGAGUCUUCUCAUUUGUGAAAGGAUCACCGCGAUAAGGAUCAGUAUGCAGUCUGUCACGCGGUAGAUAGGGAUCAUUCGAAGGCUAGGCGUCGCGAAGGAGCGCCGUGUCUCGGUCUCUCCACCGGGUUCUCGCCGAAGGGAUCGCGCAGCGCGCGUUCGUUCGAAACCACGGGACAGGGUAGAAAAAAUCACCGCGAAAGGGAAUGUAAGAGAUGGAUAAGUAAAUUCCGCGGUCGGUGAGUAAUCGAAGGAAUCGCCGACGUCCGCGGCGAGACGAGUCCGGGUGUAGGGACCGGUGUAAGACAGGCGAAACGGUGCGCACGCGGUGCUGCGUUCGCCGGAAGCACGAGCGAGGCUGCGUGGCGAAGAAGCACGCGGCGGUGACGGCGGCGGUGGCGGCGGCGUUCGAGAACCGGCGGCAGAUCGACGUACGAUAUUGCGGCGCGAAAAAGCGACCAGACGAAGAAGUUGGCGAACGAUAAAGCGUCGCGGAGAGAGAGAGAAAAGGCAGUCGUCCGCGGGAUUUCGGCGAGCGAGGGAAAGGGAUUACACGCGCGGCGGGUGGAGCGAGCGGAGCGGACACACCGAGAGUAAGAGAAAGGAGAAGAAGGAGAAGGACGGGGAAAAAAAAGGAGUGAUCGUAGUAACACCGGCGCGUCUCCUCUCGCGGCUUCGUGGUUGUCUCGGAAUUAGUGAGUAGACAGAAUUAUGUCUGUGAGCAGGCCAGCUCGGCUCAGUUGAGACUUACUGCUCAGCCCGUGCACACGCGUGCCACGAAUCUUUCCUACAUACAUAUAACGCGCUUUCCCGAUGCGAUUAGAUUAGUCCGCGACCGCCGCCGGAUCACGGUCCAGUUUCUUUCACACUUGUUCACACGUCGAGGAUAGGCCUUGUCUUCCGUAAACGUCGCCAGUUCCGUUCCGUGUCCACCGCUGGAGGAUACGAGCACGCGAUUCACACCCUGACGUACUCUCGUCGAGUUGUUGGUACACGAUCGCGUUGGGUCCGAUUUAUUCCCUUGAUGGAAAUAAUGGAGAACACGGUUCAUCGAUAACAGUGCCUAUCGAACAAUUGGUACCGUUCUCCUAUUCCCGACGAGUCUUUGCGGAACCAACGUAUCGAGAUAGUGCGGCUUUCGUAGAUAGAAUCGAACCGAGUCUGUAACGAGAACUCUCCGUUGCCGAGUCACGAUGGGACUCGCCAGGUUAUUCGUGCUGCUCUUGGCAACCUCAGCUAUAAACAGUGUUUGGUGUCAUCAUCACCAUCACGGUGUCCACCCGGACAGCAAGAGGAAGAGGGAUCAAGUGGAGCAUGUUAGAAGGUACGGGUCCAGGGAGGAAGCGAACGCGGUCUCGUCGAUAGAAGAUAAGAACAGAAGGAGUUUGAACAUUGACGAAGUCAAGGAGAAGGUUCCCUACAGUGACAGGAGGCUGGAAAAAAUGUUGGAGAAGGCUAUAUUGAAAAUAAUCACCGGCGACCUUAGCACGGGUGACAUGCUGCUGUUGAAGAGCCUGAAUUACAGCCUGGAGGAGGUUUUGGCGAUUCGCGAGAGAGAGCUCAGCAAGAAGAAAGAGGAGUUGUCGAAGAAGAAGGAAAGUAUGAAAUCGUGGACGAAGACGCUCUAUGGACAAGUCGGGGAUAAGAAGACUAGAUACUGGGACAAGAAUUAUAUGGAUUAUUCCUCUCCGAAGAAUCUCGAUUACGAGGAUACGAGGAGCGAAGGUAAAAAGAACCGUCACACGGACAGGUCUUCCUACAAGGACUUCGACUUCGACGCUUACAAUCGACAGGCGGUCCUCGAUUACGAGAACCUACCCUCGAGUUUAGAAUUCCAGCAACCAUGGUCGAAAUCCGAGGUCGUGAACUUGGAGGAAACUACCGAAGCACCGAGCGUGGACGAUCAUAUUCAUCGGGAGUUCGAAAAGGCGAUGGCGCCUCACGUGAUCUUCAAGAUACGUUACGACGAUUCCGAAUUCGAUUCUAGUUCCGGUUCCGACGAGACCAGCAAGAAUCGAUCGAAAAUGUCCAAGUAUCGUGCCUCGACGACCUUGAAGCAAACGGUAUCGAGAAACGCUGGUAACUCCUUUCAUGUUCUACCACCGCCAACAUUGUCCACUGCUUUUCCUGCUUCUGUGCCACUACCUAUGGUCUCUCAGCUAAGCAACACGAACAACGUACAGACUAGCUACCCGAGAAGCCACAUCUACUCCAGCAUCGCGGCAUCUUCGACAACGAGUACCAUCGACACGAUGGAAAACUCAAAAUCCGAUGAGGUCUCGAACACCGAGGAAAAUCCGAACGAUAACGUCGGCGGUUCAAACGACAAGAACAUCAUCCCCGAAAUCAAGGAAACGCCCAGUGAAAAUAAGAAGAUCAGUCCGUACGAAGGGCUGGAGUGGGUCGAGGACGACGUCUACAGGGUAAUCCCUGAAUUAGUUGAUUCCCUUAGCUACGAUAAUUCGGAAGACAACGAAACGUCGGACUAUGAAGACUCCAGACACAAUUCUCCACAAAAUUGGACCAUGGAAGAGAACGAAAACGACACGCUGGAGUACCAAAACGAAACGCCUGACCCUGUCAAGCUCUUCAUGCCCAACAGUAACGCGACCACGAGUGAUCUUCCAGCGGCGAAUCUAUCCACCUAUCAGCAAGUGGUCAUAGCUCAUCGAAGAGAAGGAAACCUAACCUCAGCCUUCGACAGCCAGGGUGAAAAGGUCCUGGAAGACAUUAAGUCGCGAGUCUUGGUACUGACUGGAAGAUUUAACAACAACAGUAACGCGAAUCAAGUCCAACGCGAGAGGUUGACCAUGUUUUCGCCCAGCUGUCAAAUACCGCGAAACACGGAUCAGGAAACCUGGGUAGAUCCGUUUUCCAUGAACAUGCACUUCCAGCUGAAUCUAACUUCCGGCGACCACGUGGUCGCUGCUAAGUUGAGAAUCUAUAAAUUACCGCAGGAGAACCUGACCUCUUCGACGGGAGGUACUUUCGAGGAGGAAGACGAGGAAGAAAAGAAAAUCCGGAUAUCGGUCUACUACUAUACGAAAUCCCUAAAAAAACAUCGAUCGAAGAAACGCUUAAUGGACUCGGUGGUGACACCGCUGGCACCAGAAGGCACUCAUCUCGCGUUAGACGUCAGAGAGGGUCUCCGAUUCUGGAGGCUGAACCCGCGAAAUCCUCAUGGAAACGGCAGUAAUCACGGCCUGGCGAUUCAGGUGGAGGACCAAGAUGGCCGACCGCUGAAGCCGGCCCUUUACAUUCAACAACCGUCCUGCGGGGACCAAGACACGGAUCAGAAGACCAGCGCGUACCUGCACUUUUCAUCCGAGCCUGUACUCGUUAUGUUCGCAUCGUAAACAGCGAAACUGUGACGUACGUGAAUUGUAGGCAUUAAAACGAACGAAGAAACAGUCAGACGCCAACGAAAAAAGGACGAUCGUUAACAGCGCAAUUUAUUCUCGGAGGACGAAAAAAGAACCGAGAAUCAAUUUCACGAGGAGCGUUACAUUUUUCGAGCGACUCGAAGGGUAUCGUUUAUCGAACAUAGGCUACAAAGUACAUUUUCAACGAUAGUCUGGGUCUCGAUUAUAGUGUUUUUUGUUAUUAGCCAUAAAAAAAAGGCAAAAGAAACGUGGUUUUAUUACUGUUUUCGUAUUAUUAUGUCUAUUUGCGUAGCUUGCUUUACACGUAUCAAGAAUAAUUUUCCCAGUUUUUAUG